AAAAAAAAUAAUUUUCAAUUGAUUAGAGAAAUCACUUAACAAUUUCAAAGUUUUGUUGUCAAUCAGUGUGUGUUUGAUAUCAUCAUAACAGCCGCCGCCGCCGUUAUCACCGAUAAAAGUAUGGCCACCGCUCGGGUCAGCGAUACGAUGAUCGGCGGCACGCGUCAGACAACUACAACAAAAACACGUGCACUUGUGUUGGACGACAUGUCCGACGAGUCAGUACGUGUAACACACGUGGAAACACCCGAACGUUUUUAUUGUCGCUUAGUUUCCGAUGACCAACCAUUGGCCGCACUCAACGAGCUUAUAGCCGGCCAAACCCAAUGUGGACCGUUGGCAGUGCACGUGUUGGUGGCCAUUGAUGAUGUGCGACCCGGCGAACACCUGUUAGCCUAUUCGACUAUUCAUCAGCAAUGGUGCCGAUGUCGUGUCCAACAGUUGGUAUUGGCCGCCAAUGACUCGCCGAUAUCACCAAUCAAUCUAUUUUCUACCGCUGCCACCGCCGACUCUGCUAAAUGGUCAGCUCGGGUACUGCUGACUGAUUACGGUAGCGUCGAAGUGGUUGCAGCCUACAACCUUCGGCACACUACUGGCCAGAUUGUCGACGCCAAUAAUGGUCAGCCGUUUUGUUUUGAAUGCCGAUUGGCAGCCGUCAAGCCAUACCUCGACAGCCAAGAGUGGAGUUCAUACGCCAACUAUCUCUUUGAACGGCUGACCAAAGAUCAGCCGAUCUGUUUGCGUGUCGUCGACCAGUGCGACACAACUGGCGUUAUUGUCUGUGAUUUGUCAUCAAUUGGUGGCCUCGGCGGCGGCAAACAGUCGUUUCCAUCUAUGGUCGACCAUUUGGUUGGCACACGAGUGGCCCGAUAUCGUGUGGGCGAAGAUUUUUAUCACAAACUAUUGCCCGACGACUACGAGGGCUGCGAUCACGAAACCAAUGGUGACUUUGAUUGGCAUUCGGAUGAUAGCGAUAAUGAGGAAGAAUUUGGUGGUAAUGGAGGACAUAGUAAUAGUAAUAAUGACAACAAAUUGUAUUAUAUUUGAUAAUCACUAAUAUAUUUAGCUAUUUAUGAUUGAAAACUACAACUAAUUUUCUAUAAUUAUAUAGUCAUUUAAAUUAAAAAUUAUUUAAUUAAAUUUUGAAAAAUAUUUA